AUGCAUCUGAUACCUAUAUAUUUGUGUGCUGUUCUCAUCGUAUACUGUAAUUCCAUAGGACCCAGAAUUUUACAGCAGGUCAACGUGACUGACUACACCUGGAACAAAACGGCCGUGUCUUCAAGAGACUACCAGCAGAGUUACUGCCCCGCCAGGUGUCAGGGCGAUCGACUGGUCUACACCAACAACAUCCUGCAGCAGGUCUGUCCCACCUUCUACUGCACCACCUGCACCUGCCACCGACCGUCCUGUCAGAUUUACGGCUCAUGCUGCCCCAGUGUGGAGGACAACUACGUCCCACCCCCGGGCUUAAAAAGUGGAAUCUACAACAUCUCGGAAUUUAACGAAACAAUUUUUUUUGAAAAUAAUCCCGAAGCCGUACCAGGAUUUGUGAACGCCAAACAAAAUCCAGUCCAAGUUUUUAACCAGAGUAAAGUUUCCCCGCCUAAACUUGGCUGCGAUUCUGAAUACACCAGUUUCUAUUUCCGCUCGUGUUUGGCGGACUACAAUGGGGACAAGGACACUGUCAGGCUGUGUGAGGGGGAGCUGUCGGACGAUGACGUCACCACUGCUUACGUCACCCGAGUUGUGGACAACGUCACUCAGGUGGUGUACAAGAACAGAUACUGUGCCGUGUGCAACAGGGUCACUGAGAUGGUGCCACUACUGACCAAGAUCUACUGCUACCACUACAUGACCGUCUACACAGCUACAACAGCUGACCGGAUGUUGCGACUAGCCCUGACCAAAAACUCCACGUGUAACGUCACACAGACGUUCCCAUACAACGUGUCACUGGCACCAUGUGACCCUUUCCUGUACAGCAAGAAACCACUGGAGUGUGACUCUACUGUAUUCGAUGAGGACGUGCAUCACGCCUGCCACAACAUGACUGGUCCCAUCUACCCCGUCUACAACAGGUUUCCGUUUAGGUAUUAUAAAAACAUUUUCUGUGGAAUCUGCAGCAUGAAAAUGUUCCCUUUCUGGGGCGUCUGUGACCAAAGAGUCCCAGGGGGCGACCCUCAGCCUCCCCCUGUCAGGAUCUACCCGCCCCUGUCUCUUCUGAUCAACUUUGGGACCAGACAGUCAGCAGUUAGACCGGCGUUACGCAGGGCUGAUGUCCUGGCUAAAGAAUGUAACGACACACAAUGGAGCGCUCAUGAUGGUGAGUGUCUGACACUAGAGUGUACACCUGGCAAGGUGCUGACCAACAGAAGCUGUGCUACAGCCAUACAGGACAUCACAGGUCUGGCCUACAGCCUGAGGGUGUGGCUAGUCCCAGACAUGAGGCACCACGACAAGCUGGUCAACUGGACAGAUGGGGCUUCUCUAGCCUCACUCACUAAACAUAUCCAGAAGAUGUUGCAGGAUUUACGUGUUGAGUACUCCAUCAAGGUCGGCACCAUCUCCAUCAACCAGACUCUGCUGACAGCUUCUAAUUUUAGCUCUCAGGGCCCCGCUGUAUUCUGGGUAGACGGGGCCGUCAUCGCUGGCAACGAUAAGAAGAGAGACGAGUUCGAAGAGGAGAUGACACGUCAGUUUAUCACCAGCUCAAUGACACUUGACAUUGACGCUACAAAUGUCACCUUCAGCAGACGUGUCAUGCCAAGUCAAUUUAACGUCAAGUUUUAUUGUAACACGACUGAUAUUGGGAUCAACUGCACUGUGGUAGAAUUGAAAUCUGAAAACUUCACAUCCAAACAAGACAAGAUGAAAUUCGUCACUUCGUAUUUGAAUGUUUCAAUGUUGUUGACGUGUAGCUAUGUGAGAUUAAACAAUACAAACCACACGAUACAUAUAGACAAAACUAGCAUCCCACCUGCGGUGAAAGUUGAGAUAGAACUAAAGGACAAACGUAUAGUAAUCUCAGAUAACGUGGGGCUCAAUAUGUUACAGGUAGAGGAAGGUGUGAGCGUGUGUCAUAGUUACCUGGAGGAGAAGCUUCGAGAAUUGGAGGAUGUACAGAACAAUGGGCAAGGUCAAGGUUACCCAGCCAUGGACGUGAUGUUUGCUGAGUAUAUCCUGACCUUGAUAUGCAUGACCUUGUCGAUGUUAAGUCUCGUGUUGACCUUGAUGACCUAUGUAAAGUUUCCGGUACUGAGGAGUCGGGCCGGACACAGCAACAUGUGUCUAUCUGGUAGUCUACUGUUGGCUCAAGUGUCCCUGCUCAUUAGCUCACACUUGUCAGGCCCCAGCUCUACGUGUACAACAUGUGGCGUCCUGACCCACUUCUUGUGGCUGUGGAUGAUCACCUGGACCUUCACCUGUAGCCUCCAGAUGUUCCGUGUCUUUACUUCCAAGACCAGAAGCUCCGGCCUGACCCUGGGGGACCAGACGCUCCAUUACAUCAGACAGGGCCUCACCACCCUACUUGUUCCCGCCACAAUCUCUGCCGCUGUCGUGACGUCAUCACUCGUCUCAACGCGAGGCUCCACCAUUGGCUAUGGCGUUACCGUCUGCUAUUUGAAUUCGACAUUCCUGAUUGGUGUGUCACUUGUCAUGCCAAUGGCACUAAUUAACCUGACCAACCUGACGUUGUUUACCAUCACCGUAGUGAAGAUCUACCGAGUGGGCAAGCUCCAGGUCUACGACAGUUCCAGACUUGACGACCACAGGAACCUGGGGGUCUACGUCAAACUUUCCUCCCUGACCGGCGCUUUCUGGACCCUCGCCAUCAUAGCAGAGGCGGCGGACGUGACUAUUUUAAGACUUUUCUCGAUUGUUCUCAACGGUCUACAGGGCGUCUUCAUCUUCCUGUCUUUUAUUUGCAACAGACGAGUCCUCAAUCUCUACUUGGUCUGGGCGGGACUCGAACCCUCGCCAAACGUUGCAGUCAAAACAUCUUCAAGCCUCCAGUUUUUAGACAAUCGCACGCGGAUUAUAUUUUAA